AUGGUCUGCGUCCAAACUCUUCUCAAGGUCCUAGCGUUCUGCGCGCUCAACGUGAGCCUCCUCCCGCGGGCGCAGGCGAAUAUCGUCCUCGUGCUACCCGACGACCCAGCGUGCAGGUCGACGCCCGACAUGGUCUACGCAGGGGUGAUGGCCAUCACGGACCCGGCAUGCCUUGACUCAAACGAAGACCCUGGCUGCAACCUGUUUGGCAUCCCGGACUGCCGCGCGUGCGCUCUGUUGCCCGAAGCCGCCUCCCCAGACACCCCGCCCUGCGAGUUGCUGGUUGUCUUCAACCAGGAGAGCAUCGACAAUGCAUUUGGAGAUGAACCGCCCGUCAGCACUGAAGACUGCAGCGACUGUGAGCCUGACGUCCCACCACCACUCGUUCCUUCCAACCCUGUAGACCCCAUCGAGCCUGUCGAGACGCCUGACGAGUCGAGUGAGCCGGAAGACUACGUGCCCAUUGUGAUCGUCCUGCCCACUGACGUGUUCAUCGAGACCGAGUCAUCCAUUUGGGCGGACAGCGAUAGUUCGGCGGACUACGACGACGAUAGCGAUGGCGGGGGCGAGCAAGGCGGAAUUGACACUGGCAGACGUCUCCGCACGCAGCUCUAG